AUGUCACUCAUUGGUUUCUCUGAAAUCCUGAACAAACAGUUCCCCAGAAGCGUCGUUCGUUGUCCUUUUGGAAAAUGCAGAACAAGAAUCAUCCUUUUGAACGAGACGCUAGCGCUGAGAAGAAAAGAAAUAGGCAAUGCUCCACCGAUGGCCAGCGAUUCCAAGAACUUCUUUGAACUCGACGACGUGUGGGAUUUUGACAAUAUCGGCGUUUCCAAGCCAACUCAGGAACUAGAGUCGAGCCUGAGAGUCGGCGACCUCGAAAAAGUCGAACGUCUCUUGAUUUGCAGUGAAUGUGAUCAAGGUCCUUUGGGGUUCGCUGGGUUCAGAAAUCCCGAGGAAACAGACGUCAAGAAGCUCUGCUACUAUCUCUCGUGCGAGAGCGUUGUCUACGAGGAAGUGGCGUGA